AUGAAAUCUAUCAAGCUCCUGUCAUUAUUCCUCCUCGCGCUCUCUGCUAAUGCUCAGAAUUGUGGAAUGAAUGUAGGGCUGACUUGUGGAACUGCUGCCGAGCCUUGCUGUUCGUCUUUUGGAUGGUGCGGCAACACAACAUUACACUGUCAAUCUGGAUGCCAGGCUACGUACUCUUUCGGGGGGAAGUGUGUUGUUCCAGGAGGCAACGCCGCCUCUCCUGCUCCCGCUGCCAGCGCACCGUUAAUUCCAAAGGGUCCAAUAACUGGCAACAACCAACUAGGCACCUGGCAGGUCAUUGGGCAUACUGGCAUUGCCGCCAUGCAUAUCGUACUUACUUCUCCCACUAAGAUCUUAAUUAUUGAUAAAGCCGAGCCAAACCCCUCUGCGAUUACUUCAGAUGGCUUGAAUGCACAUUCUGUCGAAUACGACCUCAAUACCAAUCUCUUCCGUGUGUUAGACCUCAAAACCAAUACCUUCUGUUCUGCUGGAUCAUUCCUCGGAAAUGGCACGCUUCUUGAGACUGGGGGUGCUGAAUCCACGCCUGGUGACUACAAGUCGGCGAGCGGAUUCCAAACUGUUCGUCAGUUCACACCAUGUAUGGACGGAAGUUGCGAUUGGCUCGAGUGGCCAACAUAUUUGAAUUCUGCUAGAUGGUAUAACGGUAUGGUCACCCUUCCGGAUGGUCGAGUAUUUAUCCUCGGUGGCUCAACAAAAGGAACGGGUGUAAACAAGGUAUCCAUAUCAAACCCGACCUUCGAAUUCUAUCCCAAGGACAAAUCUCCACCAGGGGUGCCAAUUCAGUUCCUUAUCGACACUUUCCCGUAUAAUCUUUAUCCAGUAAUACACGUUGUGCCCGGUCCCGCGACCCAGAACACACUCUUCCUCUUUGCGAACAAUAAAGCCGUCCUUUGGGAUUAUGUUACCGAGACUGAGAUUACAAAGCUUCCCGACCUACCCGGUCCUCCGCGUUCAUAUCCAUUGACUGGAACGUCCGUAUUGCUUCCGUUGGAUUACAAAAAUGGUUACACCCCCGUAGUAAUGAUUUGUGGCGGAAGUACGAGUAUGUCGACUACUUCUCCAGCAGCUGACAGCUGCGGAAGAAUUAAUCUCGCUAGCCCUAAUCCCCAAUGGGAGAUGGACAGCUUUGGUGGAUUCCCGAGAGUUUUGCCAGACUGUGUUUUCUUGGCAGAUGGUACCGUCAUGUGUCUUAAUGGAGGUGAAGUAGGAUACGCUGGAUAUGCCAGGAAGACCAGAUCCGGAGGACACUCCUACUUGGCUAACAAGCCAGUAUUAACACCAGUUCUCUAUAAUCCAAACGCCAAAUCCUGGACGCAGCUCUUCCCUACUACAAUACCGCGAAUGUAUCAUUCCUCGGUUACGUUGGUCCCUGACGGAAGUGUAUUCGUUUCCGGAAGUAAUCCAAAUUCAGACUACUUUCCUCAGGGUAUUUUCCCCACCGAGUAUCGUGCCGAGAGAUUUGUUCCACCGUACUUGUUGACUACAAUUCCACAGCCAGUGAUCACCGCGGUUGCAGGAUCGACAAUAUUGAAUAGCGAGACCCCUAUUAGAGUUAAAUAUGGCACGAAAAUAAUAGUGACUGCAACAGUGUCGACCAGCGCAGGUAAUCCACAGUUUACGGCCGCUCUGAUGAAUCACGGAUUUUCCACUCAUUCGCAGCACAUGAGCAUGAGAUAUGUAAAAAUUAAAGUCAAAAGUGUAACACAGGCAGGAAAUGUAUUUAAUGCGCUAGUUGAAAUGCCGCCAAAUGGAAAUAUCAUGCCCCCGGGUAGAGUUUACCUGUAUCUACUUAAUAAGGGCAAGCCAGCGAAGACGGCUGUUGAAGUCUUUCUUCAAGCUUGA